AUGUCUGAAUUCAUCGGCUCGCGCAUAUCGCUCAUUUCCAAGAGCGAUAUUCGGUACAUCGGUGUGCUUCACGAAAUAAAUUCCGAGGAGUCGACAGUCUCCCUCGAGAAUGUCACAACCUUUGGAACCGAAGGCCGAAGAGGAGGAAACCCGGAUGAGGAAAUCGCACCCUCCGACCAGGUUUAUGAGUACAUCGUCUUUCGGGGCAGCGAUGUGAAGGAUCUGCGAAUUGAGCAAGCUCCUGCUCCCCCCAAGGAGAACCAGCCACCCAAGGUCCCUGACGACCCUGCAAUCCUGGGAGCUCGGACUCGUCCCACCGGCAACGCUCCUCCCGGCGCAGGCAACCACGGCCCAGGGCCAGCUGGCUUCGGUCCGAACCCGUACCAACCAAACUUCUACCCGCCUCCUCCUGGUCAAUGGGGUCGUGGUGGACCUGGUCCCGGACCUGGACCGGGGCCCGCCCAAGGCUUCAAUGGCAUGCAUUAUCCUCCGCCUCCUGGUUGGUUUCCUCCCGGUCAGGGCUUCCCACCUGGUGGGCCCGGUCCGUGGACUAACUUUGGAUAUCCGCCUGGACCUCAGGGUCCCCAAGGACACCAAGGACACCAGGGCCCUCCUGGUAUGCCUGGUCAAGGAAUGAGAGGGGCACCACAACAAGACAACAAACCGGCUCCGAUUGGCGCUGGGGGUGACAAACAAAAACCGGUUGGUAUUCCCGCGGUUGAGUUGCCUACGUCGGAGGUUAAGCCAUUUCGACAGACUCCUAUUCAGCCAGCGCCACUGGGUCCAGCACCCACGCCGCCAGUUGAGUCGAAGCCGACUCCUGCAGAAGUGAAAGCGACAGCAGAAUCACUCUCCACGAUCAGCCCUGUCACCAACGCCAGCGAAGUGAGACCUGUUCCCACCGGUCCCAAGAACAAUCGCGUCACACCCGCUAUACCCAUGCAAGCUCCGGUCCCGACGCCGUUCUUCUCGAAACCCGGUCCUCAGGUGACAGCUGCAACUGCCUCCGUCAAGCCUGCGGGCGACCAGGGCAAUGCGCCCCCGAGCGCCGCUGCGCUCAGAGAUGCUACCCAAGCCGCAAAGGCAGCCGUUGCUGUUGCAAUGGCGAAGCUAGAAAAUCCCAAUGCCGCGGCCGGAUCGUCUGGAACGACGGCCCCGAAUAACAACGCAAUGGACAAUUUGACCAGAAAAGUCAACGAGAUGAGAGUUAACUCGACGACACGAGGAUCAACCCGUGGACGUGGUCGAGGUGGUCGAGGCGGCGCGCAAGGGAAAGUUGAGGUGCCUGCUGCCGAUUUCGAUUUCCAGAUGGCCAAUGCCAAAUUCAACAAGCAAGACUUGUUGAAGGAGGCGGUUACUGACUCACCUGCAUCGGAAUCCGCCAAUGGAAUCUCCGAGGUUGAGGAGCCGGAGGAAGUUGCCCUGCCCGUGGCCUACAACAAGACGACCUCUUUUUUCGACAACAUCUCAAGCGAGGCUAAAGAUCGUGCGGACAACAGCGGUCACAAGCCCGGUGGACGCGAAUGGCGAGGCGAGGAACAGCGCAAGAACAUGGAGACAUUCGGCCAAGGAAGCGUUGAUGGCGGCUACCGUGGUGGAUACCGCGGAAGAGGUCGCGGCCGUGGUAACAAUACACGAGGUCGCGGCUUCCGAGGAGCUCGAGGUACCGGUUUCCGUCAACCUACUCCUCAGUAA